AGGGUCAUGACAGCAGUUGUAUUCGUACAGUAGCAACAUGAAAUUCUUAAUUGUCUUUGCCUUGGCCCUGGCCACCGCCUCCGCUGGCGAAAUUUACCAACGCGACCUUGUCGUGCCCGUCAUUGAGGGUGAGGGUCGCAUUACCAAUGGCAACACUGCCUCGGUUGGUCAAUUCCCCUAUCAAGUUGGUCUUUCCUUGAGAGUUAGUGCCUUGUCCUCGGCCUGGUGUGGUGGUUCCUUGAUUGGCAACAACUGGGUUUUGACUGCUGCUCACUGUACCGAUGGUAUCUCCUCCGUCACUGUCUACUUGGGCGCCACCGUCCGUACCUCCGCCGAAGUUACCUACACCGUUUCCAGCAACGACAUCAUCAUCCACUCUGGCUGGAACGCAAACACCUUGAAGAACGACAUCUCCUUGAUCCGCAUCCCUGCCGUUACCUAUACCAGCAAGAUCCAAGCCGUCAAAAUCCCCGCCAUUGCCAGCUCUUACUCCACCUAUGCCGGUGAUUAUGCCAUCGCUUCCGGUUGGGGCCGUAUCUCGGACUCUGCCACCGGUGUUACCAACAACUUGCAAUGGGCCCGCAUGCAAAUCACCACCAACUCUGUGUGUGCCGCCACCUAUGGUACCUCCAUUGUUACUGCCUCCAAUAUUUGCGUUACCACCGAUGGUGGUGUCUCUACCUGCAACGGUGAUUCUGGCGGCCCAUUGGUUUUGGAAUCCUCCAAGGUCCAAGUUGGUUUGACUUCUUUCGGCGCUGCUGCCGGUUGCGCCUUGGGUUACCCAGCUGCUUUCACCCGUUUGACCAGCUACUUGGAUUGGAUCAAGGCCAACACUGGCAUCGCUUAUUAAAUAGACACUCGAUUCGAAAUAAAUUAGAUCCCUAAUAUUCUAAAAA